AUGAUUCGCAACGUUGCCAUUGCAGGGGCCUCCGGAGCCCUGGGCUCCCCUAUUCUCCACGCACUUCUCGAAAGUGAACUCUUCAAUGUUAGUGUUCUGGCACGCCGAUCGUCCCAAUCAAACUUUCCAGCGUCUAUCAAGGUAAUCCGUGUGGAUUACACCUCCAUCCAAGACCUAACAGUGGCCCUGACCGGCCAAGAUGCCGUCGUCUCGGCCCUGACAACUAGUGCCAUGGAGACACAGAUCCUAUUGGUUGAGGCCGCAGUAAAAGCUGGAGUGAAGAGAUUUCUUCCUUCCGAGUUCAGUGCCAACAUUGGCAACCCCAAGGCGGCCAGUCUGCCUGUCUACCACUCCAAGCUCGCGAUACAUGAGGUCAUCGAGCAAAAGGCUCGGGACAAUCCCCGUUUCACAUACACUUUGAUUCGCAACAGCGCUUUCCUUGACUGGAGCAUGGCCUAUGGAUUCUUUUUCACCGUCGGUGGGGGAUCGACUCCCUUUUAUGACGGCGGCGACCGUCCAUUCAGUACGACCACAUUGGCCACGAUCGGCCGUGCCGUGGUAGAGGUCCUGCGGCACGCGGAAAAUACACGAAACAGAGCGAUAUUUGUUCAUGACCUCGUCACCACCCAGCGAAAGAUGCUAGCCAUUGCCCAGAAGGUUAUGCCGGAUCGCACGUGGACCCCGAGUGACGUGAGCACGGCCGACAUGGAGAAUAUAGCACGGGAAAAAUACGCCAACGGGAUGGAAGAUAUGGUAUCAUCGAUGGGAUUCUUCUGUCGUUCAGUUAUUGGGGAGGGAUAUGGGGGAGAGUUCCAGGAGGUGGACAAUGAACUACUGGGCAUACCGUUGAAAACGGAUGCUGAUCUGGAGGAGUUGAUCCGGGGAGUACUUUUCGGACUGAAAUCUUCUUAG